AUGGAUAAUAAAACUAAACUGAUUAUGGGAAAGUUCGAAAAUGAAGAUGAAGAAAAAAGAUUGGUUGAAAUGUGCAAUGAGAAUUUAGAGGAGAGUGAAUUGAGGAAGAGAAAAGGAAAUGAUAAAACGGAAAGUGGUUCAGAUAGAAAAGGAAAUGAUAAAGCAGAAAGCGGUUCAGAUAGAAAAGGGAAUGAUAAAGCAGAAAGCGGUUCAGAUAGAAAAGGAAAUGAUAAAGUGUAUAAAAGGGAUGAAAAUAAUAAUAUAGUAAGAUCCCAUUUUUUUGUAAUGUUAAAUAAUGUAGGAGGGUUUAUAUGUCCUUUAUUUCGAAAUGUAUAUAAUAUGAUAGCAUCAUGUUUUAAUUUGGUAAGUAGUUAUAUAUUAAGUUCAUGUAAUAAAAACAGUUUUAUAGUAUAUUUUGAAGAAAAAUAUGGAAAAAAUCAUGUAGAAUUUUUUAAUGGAACUCUUAAAGAUGCAAUAAAUAAAUCUCAAAAAGAAGACAAAUUGUUACUUUUAUAUUUACAUAUAGAUAAUGACGAAAGUGAAUAUUUUUGUAAAAACAUUUAUACAAACAUUGAGAUUAUAUCAUUUUUUGAAAAUAAUUGUAUAUUAUAUGCUCAAGAUAUUAGCAAACAUCCAUUUAUUGAAUUACAUGAUAAAAUAAAUAUAUAUAUGUUUCCACAAAUUAGUAUAUUAUUAACAUAUGCAUCAAAUAUUAAAGAAUUGUCAGUAAUAUAUGGGCAACCAAGUGUUAACGAUAUUAUACAAUCUAUUAUUGAAUGUAUUGAAAAGGCAGAUGCUGAAAAAAAGAAAGCGGAAAAAAUAAAAGCAGAAAAAAUAAAAGCAGAAAAAAAUAUAUUAGCAGGACGAAAUGUAAGUGAAACGGUUUAUAGGGAUAGACUAUUAAGAGAGGAACAAGAUAGGGAAUAUCAAGAAGCUUUAAAAAAAGAUAAAGCAAUUUUAGAAGAAAAAAAAAAAAAAGAAAAUGAAAAAUUAUUAAAAAUUGAAAAAAAAAAAAAUUAUAUAAAAGAUAUAAAAAAUAAACGAAAUGAAAAAAGUAAAAAAUUUCCACUAAAUAUUGAAUCUAAUGAUAAAAUUACAAAAAUAUUAUUAAGAUUACCAAAUGGAAUAAAAGUUCAAAAUCAUUUUAGUAACAAUCAUACAUUAAGAGAUAUAUAUGAUUGGGCAGAAUGUUGUGAUAUAUUAGAAUCUGAUCAAACAAAAAAACAAAAUAUUCAUAUUCCAUAUAAAUUUGAGUUAAUAUGUGGGCAUACAAAAUAUGUUUUAAAAAAUUCGACAGAUCCAAUUAAAGAUUUUGAUUUAUACCCAAAUGCAGUUCUUAAUAUGAAAUCAUUAGAUCAAUCUGAUAAUGAAGAGUGA